CCCUUGCUGACAGGUGAAUGCACUCCGUUGAUCUGAGUUAUCUCAAUCAGGUGAGUUUUCAAAGGAUCAUUAAGUGUGCUGUUGGAUAAAAUGGCAGGGUGGCUCUGGGGAACUGGUUAUGGGGUGUUGCCAAGGGGUUAGGGUCUCAGUCUCCCUGCUGGUAGGUGUUUGCCAGCCUUAAAGACUCAUCUCCAGGGCUUGAGGAGUAUUCUGGGCAGAGCAAGCUCCCCAGGCCAUGCCAGUAUUGCUCUUGUCUCAAGGAUUAACACAUGACUCAAGUCUUACAGGAAGGAAGUAAGAAGAGAUCCAUACCGACCGCAGCCCUGCUAAGUGGUCAGCCGAGCUCACGGUUUGUUUUCCAUGGCAGGCAUCACCAAAGAAGGGAUCCUGGAAUUGUCCAAGCUGAGAGGAAGGAAAGGAAGAAAGAGAAGUAGUCAGCUCAAAUGCGCCUCGCUGCGCUGCCCGGGCGCGGGGGCUUGGCUGGAAGGAUCUAGUUUCCCUUCGGUGGCAGGAAAAGGAGCCACGGGAGGAGGCAGAGGCGCGCACCCAGACAUGCCCGUCCCGUCAGGCUGCUGGCUCCUUCUCCUGAGCCUCGCUGCCGCUGGCGAGCAGCUGUCACUACAAAUCACUCCGCCGUGUGAGAGCGAACAACACUAUGAGCACUCUGGCCGGUGCUGCAGGAAGUGUGAGCCAGGGAAGUAUUUGUCUGCUAGAUGCACUGCAACUUCUGAUAGUGUGUGCCUGCCAUGUGGCCCGAACGAGUAUAUGGAUGUCUGGAACGAAGAAGAUAAAUGCUUACUACAUAAAAUAUGUGAUCAAGGGAAGGCCUUGAGAGAAGUGAACCCGGGGAACAGCACGUUCCAGCGGCAGUGUGCCUGUACAAUGGGCUACCACUGGAGCGAGGACUGCGACUGCUGCCAGCGAAAUACCAUGUGUGCUCCUGGACUCGGAGUCAAGCCUCCCGUGCAACAAGACAGGGACACAAUGUGCAUACCAUGUCCCAGAGGCUACUUCUCAGAGGUCUCUUCAUCCACUGACGAGUGUAAAUCCUGGACCAACUGUACAGCUCUAGGAAUGGAAGAAAGUGUGCCUGGGACUGACAAGUCUGAUGCAGUUUGUAAAGAACGGAAGAUGCCUGAGCCAUCAGAAGAUGGGACAAACAGGAUCUUGUACGUGUUGAUUGUCAUCUUGUUUUUCGUGACACUAAUUGGCAUUGUCGUCUUCAUUGUAUACUACAAGAAGAAGGGGAAAAAGCUGACAGAUCUACAGAACUGGGCUAAUGAAGUGUGCAGCCAAAUAAAAGGAACAAAGGAACCCCCCAGAGAUGCACUUGUUACUGUGAACAUCACAAAUGCUCCUGUCCCCCAGACUGCUGAAGGCACGUGUCUCCUGGUCCCCUCGGGCUCUCCUGUCCCUGGAAAAUCAUGCUGCACCUCUGGUCACACUCCUUGCAGGAAUGAGAGCCCCAGCACAGAGCCUUGUGAGGCAGGAGACUUUUCUGUGGUAACCGAGACUGAUGAUUACCAAUUCCCACCAGUUCCCACAGAAGACGAGUACAUGGAUAAGGAUCUCAAUAACACUGAUUAUUUAUCUUUACUAAGUCAGACUGCCAGUAAAGCUGUGUCAUCAUUUUCAGAACCAAUGGAGGCAGGGGAGAAUGACAGCUUAAACCAGCUCUUUUCAGGUAUUGGGAGCACAGAGGAUGUAUCAGUCUCUCAAGGUUUUCACCCUCCUUCCAGCACAGAUGGGGCACACAUUGCCACGGACCAGCUUCUACAGAAAUCUUGCCAACAUGCCCACAGUUGCCUGAAGGUAACAGGCAACAAAGACACAGAUCAUUUUGCAACAAACUGUGACUCAGAGAAGAUCUGUGUGAGGUGUGGCAUUUUGUACAGAGAAUCUCCCCAAAAGUGUUACAAACCCUGUUGUGCUGCGGCUGACAGUACCUCCACCUCCCCAGAAACUGGUUCCUGUGCCCAGUGCACCUGUGGUUUGAAUUUUGUCUCUGCUGGCCAGAGCACCCUAGCAAACGAUCUUGGUAUGGAAGAUGCACCUUCAGAUAGUACCAACGUGAAGUACCAGAACACAAAUGGAAGCACUUCAGGGACACACAGAAGCACUUCAGACCUCCCUCCAGCAUCUGGAAAUGUGACUGGAAACAGUAACUCCACCUUUAUUUCAAGUGGACAAGUCAUGAAUUUCAAGGGAGACAUCAUUGUUGUCUACCUUAGCCAAAACUCUCAGGAGGGGACAACAGCCUCCUCGGGGCUGAGCGAGGAGAACGUGGGCAGCCCGGUGCAGGAGGAGAACCUGAGCCGCUGCGAGACCUUCGCCGGCAAUGCCCAGCACUACAAGGAGAAGUGUGCGGAGCUGCAGGGCGCCCGCCCGGCCCCGGGCAGCGGGGGGCCACGGUGGCCUGGUGCAGCCCUGGCCCAGGAGUGGGGCCCGUCCUGCGCUGGACAAGCCUCCCAGCCCGUGCAGGAGGAAGGGAAGCUGGGACACUUCUCGGAGAAGGUGUUGAACUGAGGGGACACGGUGUCCUUGCUGCGGGCCAGGGCACCGGCACACAGCCCCCAACGGGGUGUGGGGCUGCUGCUGUGCUGCCAGAAUCCUGGGUGUCACGACAGACUGGGAGGCUGUUGCUGCCCCUGGUGUCUCCGAGGAAAUUUUACAGCUGGAAGGACCCUCAUGGCACAUGUCGGUGGCUGUGGUGGUGCUCUGGGUGGAGGUGGCCGAUGAUGACGGGCACAUGCGUGAAGCUGGGCACGCUGCCCCUGCUGCAGAAGCAGCAGCAGGGCUUUCUUCUCUCCCCUACAGGGAGAUGGGCUCCCUGCCUGCCCCCAUUCCCUGCCACCACUCCCUGGCAAGUGGCAAAAGGGAGCUGAGAUCCAUCAACCUGGGGACUCUGUGAGGAGGAGAGCACUGCUGGCCAGGUGGGCAGGAUGCUCCUGGAGAGGGGACGGUGUGGCCAAGGACUGGACUCAUGGGGGCCCCUGAGCUCUGCCUUGGGGUUUCUUUUUUGCAACUAAGCUGUACCCAUUUUGCUGGGUCUUGGAGGUGGAAGGAAGCCAUGGUGCUGCUGCAGCCUUUGCCUCCCUCUGGUGAUGUGGCAGGUGGCAUCACCCUUUCCCAUCUUUCCCCAAGGAAGCAGACACUCCAGUCCCAAAUCAGCACCAGAGCCAAGGUCCUGGGCUGCCCCUUAUUGACUUGUGGGUAUAAAUAGGUGUGUGUAAUGCUGCCACAAGCAGAUGAUAACAUGCAAAAUACAGCUGAUAUGCCUUAAAAGCAUAUCAGAUUAAUCUCAAGCAAAGAGCAUUUAUAGUGACCGUGGUUCACCUCUGCCUUAUUGCACCUCUCCAGAGGAGUUCAAACCUCUGGAGAUGAGAGUGAUGUGUGCCUGGUACACUGCUGCAGGAAUAACAUCACUAUAGUUUAAGACAAAGAGCUGCUAGCAAAAAGAGAGAAAGAAAAAAGGGUCUGUGAUCGGCUGUGGGUAUUUCCAGGAGUUUCAGGAGAGGGAAGGAUUACCUAAACAUGAGGAAUUUGGUCAAGGUCAAACACUCGUUCUUUUAUCUGCCCAAACAAUUUUGUCAUUCCCUUUGCUAUUUUCAUUAAUAGGCAAAGAUUUACUUAGGUAGCAUGAAGCUAUUUCCAGAAGUUGGCCUGUGUGAGCUGAAGUCAGAGUGUAGCCUGUGUCACACUGACAGCUUAUGAGCAAUGGGACCAAAGGUUUGGCAUUAAAGAAUAAUAGUAGUUGUAUUUAGAAGAGAAUCUUGGCUACUCAUGUUGGUUCAUGUCCAAUAUCCUGCAGCCUUCUCCAGCAGCCACUGAGGAGAGAAAGAUGAAGGGAGCAAAGUCUCAAGGAACUCCCAAAGAAAAAGAUAACAUUUUUAAUGAUUUCCUGACAAGGGAUAAUUUUCUGACAUUCUCCUGCAGGUGUAAGUACUGCAGGCAUCUAUCUGCAGCCUUCAGGAGGGAAAGUGCUUUGUUUCCUGCCAGACAGCAAAGGUAUCUCUUACCUAGUGUAGCUUUGUCUUCCCUGUUGGAGAAGGUCUCUGGUGGAAGGGCUUCUUCCCAGGAAUGUUUCAAAGCUGAGGGGUUCACUGCAUAGCUGCUGUUUGCAGUAGUACUGCUCUGUGGGGAAAGAGUACCUAUAAAGCUGACAAGGUGAUCACUGUGUCACAAAGAGCUUCUCAUGCAUAAAACAAAAGGAUGGGCUUAGCCACCUUCACCUCUCAGGAGAAUAAUUCUGCAUUGUUUAUAUAUCUGGGAUGUAAAGUUCAGUACAAAUGUGCAAGACUCUCUCUUGGGUGACUGGCAAAAAGGGCAAAUGAACAGCCAGUCUCACUUCCACUCUAUGUGGCCUUCGAAAAACUAGAUCACCAUAGCCUAGACUCAGACAGGCAGGUAGAGUGUCCCUUCAGUGAUGGCCCAAGCUACCUCUGCCUCUCUGAAGAUCUGUAACUGAGGCUCUCUUGUCUGUGGGAUUCUUUUGUCUUUCUUGCUGGAUCUUUUACAACCUCUUUCUAGUCUCUUCUGGAGUAGUUCUGUAUCCCCUUGGCACUGGUACAAUAGGGACAAGGAAGCAGAACCACCAUCACCUUCAGGAAAGGUGAUAGAGAUAUUUUCCCACUUCAUCUUAAUUUUUUCAGUUGCAUUUUUCUGGAAAGCAUUCUGCAAGACAUCAGUCCUGCUGGAAAGCAUCCAACCAGCCCCAUUUACAGGGCAGGCAGGACUGAAUUCUUGCCCUCAUCUCUGGGUAAAAAAUCCAGGUCUGUCUUUUUUUCCUUCUGCAGCUUCUUUCUUCCCUUGGUUUGUAAAUGCCACCAGAGAGCAGCCUCAAAUCCCAGUUUGAAGGGAGAUAAUGGGAAUUUAUUGUGUGUCCUCAAUGAGGACACAUUUUUCACUUGUUGAAUUUCAGGUUCCUACUGAGCAAGGCUUGAAAUUAGGAUCAUCAGCAAGCAUGAAUAAAUUAUUCCCAUAUGGGAAACAUGAUGCACCAACAGACCCAGUUCUUUUUCUUUCUCCAGAGUCUAUUCCAAAGUGAAAAAAGCAGUGUCACAGCCAUUAGCAUGCUGCAUGUUCCCUGGGUCUCUGCCUGGCUCCUCAGACCAGGAUCCCAAAGGGACUUCUUUUUCUUCAUGAUUUCAUUUGUCAUCAGCUUGGAGCUGGGAGUGGUUUUUAGCAUCUGUUUGUACAACAGGGACCUGUGCAUUGGGCACUAAUUUGGAGGCUUCUGGCUGCUAUUGUAAUACACAUAAUUAAUGAUAAUAAAAAUCUGAAAUACCUAUUUGAGAAAAGGUGAAGGUUUUAUUGAAUAAAGAGGGAAAAUGAAAUACAUUA